UCCAAUCCAUGGCCAGCUCUCCCAGACUGGCACACCCACCCUGCCGUCACUGUGGGAGAGUUGGGCCUUGUGGGCUUCCUGGUCCUCAGCUCCGCCUCGCCUCGAUCUGGCCGGACAGGGAAAGCACUUCUCAGUUUAAGAACAAAAGCAACAACGAAUGGACGGAGGGGGGACGAAGUAACGGCGACUCACCAUCAGACCUAAAUCUCACGGAUUGAGAUAUUUGAGCCGGACUUCGGCAGGACUUAGUCGGGGGACCGAACUCCUACGAAAGGCGACAAACUUGGUCGCCUCUCAUCUUUGUAUCCCGACAAGUAAUCCGUCGAGCUGCUUGAUAAAUAAGACAAGGGUCAAACUGGCAGACAGACGGUAUUGUUUCGCUGCUCUUCCUCUAAACUUCGGCCAUAAAAAGCGGAGUGGCUGAGGGAGGACUCCGACUUUCUAUCCUUUGCUUUCUGCUCAAACGGAUUUCAAGAAGAAAGGCUGAUUCUGGUAAUUUAGGUUUCUGUUUUGGUAGCAGCCUUUGUGAAGAGGAUACACUUCACUCUCCGGGCUGAGAACUUGGGGAAAGGAACAAAAGCCUGACUGGAAAAGGUUCAGAAAACCACUUUUGAUAUCCCUGAUGGCAACCUACAGUGAGCAUAAUAUCAGAAAUGGACUUCUUCUGGGCAUGAAGGAGCCGUUUGAGGGGAAAGAAUGUGAAGAAAAGCUUGAAGCUAAAUGCUCCCCCAAGGAUUUGCACCAUUCUGCCAGCUCAAAUGAAAGUAACGCGAGUGGUGUUGCCAGUUUCACCACCAACCACAACUCUGUUGUGUGCCUGCCUCUUGUAUCAGAGGGGCUAAAAUUGGUGUGGACACAGUCGGAUCAAACCCGUGAACUUGACACAGUCCCAGAGCUUGUCCAAGCUUUUAACUUAUUUCCAUAUCCAUCAUCCCAGGAAAUUAACACCCUCGCCCGGGUAUGUGCCUUGCCACUGGACAAAGUUAAGGUGUGGUUUAUGGUGCAAAGGAUUAAAUACGGUAUCAGCUGGUCCUCAGAGGAGAUAGAGGAGACACAACGAAAGCUGGCCGGGCCUGAUCUUUGUGAUGACUCUGUUGAAAUAAAAGAGGAAGCCAAGUUGAAGGGCAAGAGCAGAAGUUGUGAGGAAUUGGUAAUUGAGGAGAAUGAAAGCGAUGAAGUAGAGAUUGUUACCCCCAGUUUCACUCCUCCAAAAAAGAAACCAAACUCUGAGUCACCAGAUUCCUAUAAACCAGCAAAACCCACUGCCCCAUGUUUCAGUUCCACCCUCCCUCCUCCUCAGGAUUCUUACUUCUACCGCCCACCAGCGGACACACCAGCAAGCACAGCUGAGGAUGCCUCCCUCGAUCUGUCUUUGUCAUCGUCUCAACCGCAUCGCCAUGGGCGCUACAAAAAGACAAAAGUUCAGCUUGCUGCCCUUCGAAAGAGCUUUCUGAGAGAGAACUGGCCUGCAGAGGCAGAGCUUAGGCGUUUGCAGGAAGAAACUGCGCUGAGCCGUAAUGACAUUCGUAAAUGGUUCAGUGACAGCCGCUAUCAGCUUAGGGUUGGCCGAGGGAGCCUGGCGGCAGCCCAAAACCACUCUCAACAGACUGCUAUUGGAAGUAAACAAGAUCAACAAAGUCAACCUCUUUCACUUGUUACCCAAAAGAUUGAUCAACUAAAUGGGGUGAAGGGUCAUGAAGGAGUCCGUAGCAACGGGAUCAGAAAUUCAUAUUUCUUUCAGACCUUUUUGUCAAACAGCCUGGAAGCAUUUGGAGAACGGGUCCUUGAUGCAGAAAGCUAUGUUGUAAUGGAAGAGCUUUCUGGGGAUGGUGACAGUAAAGACAGUAAAGACAGUAAAGACGAGGAACAAAGUGAAGAGGGACCCUUAAAACUGAUCAAGAUCUGCAAGAUUGAGCCAGAUGUUCCUCUGGAGCAAACAGAAAUAUUGAAAUCCUCUCCCUGCUCUACCCCCUCUGGCAGCCCACCACUGACUACGUCACCUAGUAAAUCUCUUUCAAAGAACAUCAGCACAUCAAAGAAGUCAGCCCACUCAGCCAAAGCCAGUCCUUCACAAACGCCUGUUCGCGUAACAGGGGCUUCCUCAUCCGCAUCCUCAUCCCCUGCCCUUACUCCUGCUGGGCGACCAAGAAAAACCAAGGAGCAGUUGGAUAUGUUAAAGCAGUACUUCUUACGCUGCCAGUGGCCCAAGAGCGAAGAUUAUACUGAGCUUGUAAAGCUUACAGGUUUACCCCGUGCAGACGUUAUUCAGUGGUUUGGGGACACACGGUAUGCCGUUAAAAACGGCCAACUUCGCUGGGUGAAGGAGGUCCGCGACCAGUUCUUGGCAGAACUUGCAGUUCAGCAAAGCAGCAGCGGUUCCACCAACGGAUGUGGCUCUGGGACCUCUACUCGGGCUGGGGGUGGCCGUAAACGAAAAUCUCAAACAAAUGGGACAAGCACUGAUUCCCCUGAUAUCCAGCCAUUGUUAGCAUAUUACCUUUCAGCUGGCUCACUUCAUGAAAAAGACCUUGACUCUCUAUGCAAGAAAUCAAGAAUGAGCUACCAGCAAGUGCGAGACUGGUUUGCUGCUCAGGAUGUUACAGAGACUGACCAAGAACCUGCCUCGACUGUUGAACACACUGGAGCCAGACUUGAAAACAUUCAAUAAAGUUGGUGGAAUUGUCCUCACAUCCUUUGCACCCACAAGCAUAGUUAUUAGUUUGGUUGAAAUUGCUUUAAUUGAAGCAGGUUUGUAACAUUCAGUCUUCCCAGUACAAGCCCAAAAUGAGGUUUGUGUUUUUUAUAUAUGCUGCAUUUCCUGCUAAUGGUAAUAUAUUUGGACUUGAAUUAUAAUUGUGCUGCCUGUGUUGCUGUAAAUAGGACAGUAACUUGUACACUGGUUUGCUAUAUUUUUUGAGCUCAUUAUUUUUUUUUUAGAUAUCACAAUUACAUAUAUUUUUAGUAUGUUAUUGUAGAAGUAUAAUUUAAACUGGUUGUACGUUUGGUACCUGACCAUAGCAGAAACUGUGUGCUACUGCUUCAGAAAAUGCCUAUGUUGAUUUAUCUGUUGACUGAUCACUGUGUGUCAUUCCUUAACAGCCAAUAAUUCCUUAUCAUGAAAAGCACACUGGACAUGCACACUUUCAACUGACAUCUUGCACUUGGUUUUUAAGCCUGCUGCCAUUAUUGUCAUUAAAAUCCAGUAAAUUCCUAAAGAACCGUGUCAUUCUUAAUCCUUUAAAACUAAGAACUGUUAUCAUGCCUUUUGUAAACAUUGUGAUACAUUUGCUACUGUUAAAAUCAUAUUUAUUGAGCCACAUUAAGACACUGAUGUAGUUCUUGAUAAAUAUGUCACUUAUCAUUUGCAUUUAAUAGUCAAAUAGUAAAAGGCUAACUUAAUGAAGAAUGCAGCAGUCAUAAACCUGUACAGAUGUAAGAGUUGCCAAUUUCAAUUUGGAUUUCCAUGUAUUGAUUCAGUCAGUAUUUCUAAAACAUAUCUCUGAUGUCUGGUUGAGUUUAGGGUGUAGUUUGGUUGUUUUAUGACGUAGACAAACAAGAUAAUACACCUGAUUGGAUCUACUUAUUGCUAAAGGAAAGGAUUUAAAUCCAAAGGAGAAAAAUAAUCCCCAUUCACUUACAUUACAAGUUAUAGCACAAACAUUUUUACAUUAAAGUUAAGAGUUCAUUAAGAAAUGUCAUUCUUUGACCUACAAUGGGUGAAGUGGGUUUGAACAGAGAUACCGUUUAGUUUGUUAGAAACCUCUUGCAAAAAGUAAAUGACCUCAAUGUUGAGGAAAUGGUGUGCAUCACUACAGUAUGUUUUGACUUCUCUUUGUAAUGAAAAGUUAAUGCAAUGUGAUGCUGUAUAGAAACCUCCAAAUCAUUUAGUGUCUUCCUUUGCAGGCUUCAUUACUGUAUUUUUUCUGUUCUAAUUUGCACAAUUGUGUCACUGGAAACAAGUAAAGGAUUUGCCUCAAU